GCUCGCGACGUGUUUUCCUGGAAAACUCGCGGCGACGGAUUGUCCGAUACUAUCCGUCGCGUGCCAGUUUGUAUUGUUUAUUAUUUCGCGAUUAUCGUGAGUCAUUCAGUCAAAAGUUGUUCUCGGCGGCGCCUCGAGUGGACGAUGGCGGGUUGCUGCAGUGUUACGUGAUCGGUCGCGGAGUAGACGCUUUCUACGAGACGUUUUGGGGCCGGCCAGCCGAAGCGCGUCAUACCCAGCGCCUGAAUGCGCCUUCCCGUUUGCGGAAUCCCUCUCGCGAACUGCGGCGGAUAGGCUUGAUCGCGGACUCGACAAUCGAAAGGUCGUGACGCUCCCUGGGUUCGUACUGGGCCCCGGGUUCGAAGCGCCCACCCCUCUUCGCUUCUUCCUCUUGCAUGAGUUGAGGCCAGCCCAUUCACUAACAUGCAAACAGACGUCAGCCUAGAUGACGUAGCGGAAGUGAUAGAGCGGCACAUGGCGGCCGAGCCGACUUACCUGAGCCUGGACCAGCAGGCACGGCUGCCAGUGGCCCAACCACAGCCACAGCAGCAGCCACAUGUGGUCAUCCUUGAGCAGCCUGCAUCGCGAGCCCUGAGGUUCCGGUACCAGUGUGAGGGCCGGUACCCGGGCACCCUCGUUGGAGUCAACAGCACCGCCGAGAACAAGACCUACCCCACCAUCAAGGUGAUGGGCAUCCAAAAGCCAGCCGUGGUGGUCGUCUCCUGUGUGACGAAGGACCAGCCAUACCGGGUACACCCUCACAACCUCGUCGGCAAGGAGGGCUGCAAAAAUGGGAUUUGCACGCAGCACCUCAAGCCAGACAUGACGUGCACCUUUACAAGUCUUGGAAUCCAAUGUGUCAAAAGGCGAGAUGUUGAACAGAACUUGGUACAACGAGAAAACAUUCGGGUUGACCCAUUUCGAAAUGGCUUUGCCCACAAGGACCAGGCGGCCAGCAUCGACCUCAACGCAGUGCGUCUCUGCUUCCAAGUGUUCCUCGAAGGCUCACAGCCGGGGAAGUUCACGGUUCCCCUUCAUCCCGUGGUCUCGGACAUCAUUUAUGACCGCAAGGCUAUGUCUGAUCUAACGAUCACCAAGCUUAGCCACACAUGUGCUCCUAUGUCUGGUGGCUUGGAGAUGAUCCUGCUCUGUGACAAGGUCGCGAAAGACGACAUCGAGGUGUGGUUUGAGGAGGAGAGGGACGGCCAGACGGUCUGGAAGGAGCGGGCCGAGCUGUUGCCCAACGGGGUGCACAAGCAGGUGGCCAUCUGCUUCCGGACGCCCCGCUACCGAGACCCCAUCAUGGCCGACGUGCCCGUCGAUGUGCACCUGCUCUUGCGGAGGCCCUCCGACGGUGCCCUCAGCGAGCCGCGUGCCUUCACCCUGCACCCCAACGAGCGGGAUCCCGAAGCAAUAGAGCGCAAAAAACGCAAGAUUGGCGAAGGCUACUUUGACCGGUACUUUCAGGAGAGUGUUCUUCUGGGUGCAUCUGCCGCGCCGAUGGUGUCCGUGCCUAGAACUAUGCGACAGGCGGUCAGAACUCAGGCCAGGCCUGAGAGCGGUCGUAGCCCUGUUCCCGAGGCCAUGGUUGCAGCAACGGCAAUGCAACAGCAGCAGCACCCAAUGAUGCAGCAAGCCGGUGCAACCACGAUGGCACAGCUGACACCCGUCAACCCGCAGUACCGCGGCGAAUUGGGUGCAGUGGCACCGCCCGCAUUCGAGCCCGAGGUGGUCGAGACAGCCGAGAAGCUGGACAGCCUUGACCUUGGCAUUGACCCCAACGACAUUGCGCUGACUUCGGGCGACCUAAACAUGAACCUGAGCGACCUGGCCAGCGCCCCAAAUUUGUCACUGGUCAACCUGUCGGCGAGCCUGUUCGACAGCGGCAACAACAUUGCGAGCGAGUCGAACCUCAUGGACGACGGCCGGGGACUCCUCAACGACCUGGGCGGCUCCCGUGUCUUCAAGACAGAGCCGUCCUAAUGCCGGUGGUGGUCUGCUGCUUUUGCGUGUGUGUGUGGUUUUUUUUAAGUGCCGUGAAUGCUCGUGUGUGGGUCUUUGGCGGAUGAUGUGUGAUCAGUGUACUAUUGGGCAUCUACUGCAAAUAAUGAGAGACAUCACAGUGUGGUAAGCUUUGAGUCUUGUUGCGGUCUUGAAGCCCGGUGACCUGAAUCUCUUGACACGCUUUCCUUUGUAACUGCAACGCCUGGUGGCAUGGAAUUGCUUCAUUUGACAUGCUCUCUUAUGCCGCAACUGCAGCAUGCAGCAUUCAGCGCACUUUGGAAUUGGACUGGGCAGAGUGCCCUAUUCGUUAGAUUCCUGCAGCAAGUGGUGCAUCAGAUGCACUUGAACUAGAGAGCAGGAAAUAAAUUCAGAGGCAAAAUUCCUCAUUAGGGUAAUCGGGAGUAGACGACCUUACUUUAAGCUCAGGCAACGAUUGUGGUAAUUGCCGAGAACCAGCAAGCUAUUGGAGGAGGCCAGUGCUUAGCGAAGGCAGACGUCUUGACGCUCUUUCCUGUUCAGAGAGGCAGUUGACUUUUCCAACUAUGACAGCCACCUCCUUAAUUACGUAUUCAAGUGACAAUGCAAUGUUUCCAUUGCUAUCGGCUGGCCUGCAAAGGGCCCCCCUUCUACCUUUAGGCUGACAACCAUCCAAAAUGAAGCAAUGCCUGAACAAAAAACACUUCACUGCUGUCCACAUCAUCGGCUGGUGAAAGUUCUAUAAAGUCAGUGAUGUGGGAAACGAACUUGAUUGUAAAGUCUUUAAAUUCGAUGGUUGAAUAGCUUGAUGCUCAACACUGUCAUGUCUCUCAUAAUGUGUAGCCAGCUGAAUGCAAUAUCUGAGGUCCACAGAUUUUCCCUUUGUCCAUCUUCGCUCGGCAUGCUUGUCUGACGGAGGGUACUCCGGAAGCUUCUGUCGCCACCACUUCAGCAUCUCGAAACCAGAUGAGAUUCAGACAGGUUUAUCCUGUAUAUUUUGUAAGAAAUGGGAUUCAUCUUUUUUUUAGGCAUAGCUGGAAGCCUCUUCAUACAAAAGGAUUAUUCGUUGACAGUCAUGUUGAAUGUGUGAUGCUCCAUGUUCCACGUGGAACCGUCGUUUAGGUUACGCACAGAACUCUUGUUGUGAACGAGGGUUCUGCACUGAACUUCAGGUAUCAGAACAUCUGUUCACUGAUGUUGUUUAACAUUUUAAAGCAAUGCUUAAUGAGAGACUAUGUAAUGAGGGGCUCCCAAUUUUGACUGCCUCGCCUUCUUUAGACAUGUGUCCAUAGCACAGCGCACAAGUGUUAUUGCAUUCCACCCUCUUUGGAAGAUUCUGCCGCUGUGGCCAGGGCUCAAACCCACAACCUUAUGCAAAGCAGAAGCAUCAGGCAUACAGUAUGACUCUGUCGGUAACCAGAUUGUUUCUUUAACACGCUUUUGCCCGACCAGACUGUCUGUCUUCCGUCAAAACGGUUGAUUACGCCUGGAGAUCUUGUUGCACUGUAUAUUUUGCAGUUACAUUCUCAAAUGGACUAGCCGUGUUACAGUUAUAUUUUUUUGUGAUUUAUGACACGCUGAUAAACGUCACUCCGUCCUAUAUUUUGAGGCGAAGCAGCUCUUAUGGUUUGCGGUGCUCUGUGACAAAUACUUCGGUGUUCACUCUGAAGUUGUUUAUCCCUGGUCACAUGGGAGCACAUGUAAAUGUUCAUUUCGGAAAAAAUGGAUCGUCUCCAAGCCAUUGCUUGAAGCUAAUGCAAGAGGCUCUGAUGUGAUAGCGCCGAUUAUUGUGGCUUAGUGGCGCUUCUCAAGAACAUUUGAACUCUAUAGCUGUCUCAUCAAUUUGCAUGGAUUUCAUCAGAAGCGCACUCAUUUACAUACGAUGACCUUUGGACAGGUACCAUAUUUACCCGAUUCUAACAGGCACCCGAUCUUAUAAUGAGGAAAAAGUGCCAUGCCUCCGAGUCUCGCAAUUAGAAAAAGAAACCUGCAGAGUUUAUCUUUACUGAAGGGAAAUUUAUUCCCGCUUAAAUAAUGUUUGUCAUCGCUGACAGACAGCUCGGUAAAAAAUUUGUACGGACCACAACAUUCCAUCCUCCAUGAGGUAUGUUGCGUUUGAUAUUCCACAUUUCCUGAAUGACUUCUCUACGCCUCUUCAUCUCGGACCAAGUCUAAAUGUAUGGGUUUGGAACAAUAUACACGCGUGUGUCUGUACUCACUGUAGCGUACAGUGCAAGUUGUCUUCGCUAUUGGUCGCUGUAUGUUCCAGUGUGUCGUGGACCUUAUGCCGACUUAAUUUGCUCUUUUCUGCUCACUUCACUCUAAAUUUACUGAUCCUAUGACAUUUCUUCUUUAUCUUACAAUGUUAUUAUUAUGUGAAAAAGAAUAUCCUUCAUCAUUGUAGGGAGACUAAAUCUUUGAAUUUGAUUUUUUAUAUAACUUAAGCAAUAAUGACUCUGCAGCAAUUGGGAUCGGGAUGGGAACCCACACCAUGACCGCCUACUUUGCCAGUUCGUCCUGCGACACAUGCGAAUCUUCGGAUCAGUAAAAACAUGUGACCUGGCUCUGUUAAGCAUGUAAAAUAGCUUACUCUAAUGAGCUUUCAUAUGAAAGUGGCGCUUCAUCGUUGCCGACUUACGAGAAAACUUAGUUUUGUCAUCUUGUGAUGAUUAUGGCAUUGGCGCUUGUUCCGAUGGUAAGCUGCUGCCAACACCACGAAUGUGGUUUUGGUUUCGUAUCUGAUAGUAACUCGCAGGCAGUUUCCAAGAAGGUGCGCAUUAGAAUUGGAUAAAUAUGGUACGUGUAACGCAGGCACUGAUGGCAUGUGAAAGGACUGAUAUUUCUUUUCUUUUUUUUUGAUGGCACGAUCAUGUUCGGUAACGUUUAUGCGAAAAUCAUUGUCUACAGUUGACAUCUUAUCUUCGCCUUCCAUUGUGCACAUUGUGAGCUUCUCAUCGCAUUUCUGCUCUCAUUGCAUAUGCAUAAUCCAAUCUUGCAUGUUUGAAUGUCCGUUGAUGUCAGUGAAAGCGGUGUUUUGCGCCGAGUGUUGUUUAACGUGUAAGCAUCUUUCCUCGGCUUGUUGAUGCAAUGUGACAUGUUUGGGCAGGCCGGUGAAUGGUGGUACAGGUACUGCGACGGUUUGUUGUUGAGGCCCUUGAGAAUUGUAGAUGGCUCCGUCUCAAGAAAUGCGACUUUGUCGGUAGUGUUGUUGUGGUUGUCGAUUAGUAGUGAAAAACGUUGCGUAGUUUAUUGCAGUGUCAACAGUGGCCCCUCUUUUAUUUUUAUUCUAAAGCAUCUUUGCAUGGGCAUUCACUGUCAGAGGAGCAAGCUGCCACGCAGAUGUGGGCUGGUUUUGUCACAGUUGGUAACUCGGUAGUGAAGACAAACCAGGCAAAAAACAAUUCCAUGUGUUUUUAAUAAUGCGGACCAAAAAUUGCAACUGCACUUUCGAAUAUGAGUGACAACAACGUAACAGUAAACGUGAAAUUUUUCUAUCGAGUUGUUAGAAUAAAAAUGUGGGUCGCUGUGUAAGUUUGUGGUUAAUCAUUGCUGAGCGGCGAAACACAAUUUGGCCUAGUUCAUCUGAUUGUGUGGGAAAAAUUGAUGUACCGGUUCACUGUUUAGCUGUUGCUGAAGUUCAGCUUUAGAGUUGGCAUUUGCACACAUAAGUCUCCAUGCAAUUUGCAAAUUAAAGAAUGUUGCCCAGGGUCUGUCAAAAUAGUCCUAGUAAAGUGCAUAGGCUAAAUAUGGUAAUGAUGGUGAAGCAUGCUCACACUGUGAAGGCCCAUGUCUUUUUUCUUUUUUUUUUGUGUGUGUGUGUUUGCUACAUUUUGACUCAUAAGCAUUUUCUUAAGUUUUCUGCUUCUGGGAACUUGAACCCAGGAAAGCUGGCUUGGUAAGAAAACACUCGAGCAUGUUGCACGCUCCUGUGGAAUAUGUGCACAAGCUGCGCCCUUCAACUGAAGCAUUAACUCUUUUGAAUUCAUUGAGCGAGCCUUGCGUGACGUACGAUUUCCUUUAAGUACACCAUUCAGAUUCAAGCCAACCUGAUGUUGAGACAUGGUUACUUUUCUUGGAAUGGCCCUCGACACGAAUGUUGCUUGAUAAUGCCCGAUAAGGGCUGAGCAGCGGAGAAAUUGUAACCACUUGACGUGAACAUGGUAGUGGAUGUGGUCACAGGCAGUGGUAUUACUGUGCUUGAUAGUGGUGUGGCUCUAGUUCAAGCUAGCAGCACGAAUUGUUGCUUGGUACUGUUUCGAAAUGCGUUGAGCCAAGGUUGAUUAGCCUCUGAUCGUUUUUCUGUUAAUGUAAGGACGCACUAGGAAGGCGCAUAGUCUUGUGUUUUCGAGAUGUUUUUAACGGCAUUCCGCACACGUGGGAGGUUAUUGUUCUUAUCGAAUGUUUUUAACACCAGUGUAUUCUUUAACAGCUGUGAUAUGCAUGAAACAUGUUUUUCAUGAGUGCUUUCUAUUGAGGCGCAUUUAUUUCCUAUGGGGCUUUUCAACUUGGUGGCGGUGCAGUCCAUCCUUCAUUAUUUACACAGAGAGGUUUGCUGUCGUUGGUGUUUGACAACUAGUGGAUUUGCUGGUGUCACUGCUGUCAGGGUCUUAAUUUGGACUUUACUGUGCGGCGUAGUGCUUCAUUGCACGCUUGACUCGGUGUAUUUUUGGUGUUUGUACUUAAAAUGCUGUGCUCGGUCUAAGGUCUCACAUGCUCUCACGAGCAAUAUUCAUGCUCCCCCGACACAUUUCAGUUUUAUGUAAAUAUGUGCGCACAAAUCUUUUUUGAAGUUUUUAUUGUUUUACAUUUCCAAGUUAGGGGCACAGAGGACCUGUUGUAUUUACUAUACAUUCGUGCCUAAUUUUUUUAAAUGCUUCUACAAUCUCUUGCUCAUGCUGAUGUAAUCAUUAUACAUUGUUUUCACUCAUAGAUAUUUGUGUUGGGACAUUCCAUGUCUUUUAAUUACUUUACCGGUUUUUUAAUUGCUCAAGAGAUUUACGCUACAUGUUUCUUUUCGUGAGAUCACAUUCAUUUAUAUAGUUAUUUUGUUGGUUUCGCUGCGAGUUAUCUGUGCUUGUACUUUUGUAUCUGCCUAGUGAACGACCGUGUCGUGCUGUGACCAGUGAGAAGUCGCACAUUGCUGAAUGUUUCAUGCUUGUUGCUUACAUUGCCCAAUAGUCUGUACAGUGGUUUAGAAUGUAGUGUCCACUGAACGCUCUUUACCUCGAUAACAGUGAGUUGUCUCACGAAGUCGAAGCUACAAACAUUGCAGGCUCGUACUACUGACCGGUGAAUGAACUUAUCUUUUACAGUUCACCAGACUGCUGGUCUCUUGUGUGUUUUCCCGGUGUGCUUGUUGUGUAAGUCUGCACGUACGUUUUUGAGAUUCCUAUUGUCAAAGAUGUUAUGUCCUUGCCCUCGGGCGUCGUCCAUAUGAGGUGUUUUGAGAUUUUCUGCCGCAUAGGUACUUGUAUGUGACUGUUAUUACAAACACAUUCUACUGGAUGCUACAGUACUUCGAACUGUCAUCAAGUGAAAUUGUUUUAAGAGGACAUCAAGGCAUGUUGUCACGUUGUUAGAAUUUGUCAACUUGUCACAAAUGUUUCCUGCGAAGCUUCCCAUUGUGUUUCUUGCGAUGGUGCUGGCACCCGAGGACACGAAACUUGCAUGGCAGGUGUUUAUUUUUCAAAGAGCAUGUUCUACGAUGCAACAGUCUGGGCGUGGGCUGGAUGUUGUCGCGAUGGCCAGCAGGCCGUUUACAUCCUUAUCAUGCCAGUUAAAAUCACCCACUGGGAAUGAUUGUUGCAUCUGAAAUGUAUAGAAAUCGACGUAACAGCGACUGUAUUAUUGCCUGUCCAUCUCGCUUGCCAGUGCCUUGUGCAUUUCUGUUCCUCGAGUACCAACAUCAUCGUAAGCAUACAAACUAUUGUAACCAGCCCAGUUUGCAAAAGACUUGACUGCUGUCUGCGCCUAGAACGCCAUUGUAAGCGUACAACCAUAUAGCGUCAAUUUGGACCGGUUUGUAGGAGAAAACUGUUCAUGUUCUUUACUAUUGUGCAAUAUGACUGCAAGGUAAAUUAUGGCCUCUGAUGUCCAGUGGUCUACACUUCUCAAUCAGAGUGGACUGUUCAAUACCUUGAUUGUUCCAUUGUGGACAAUCAAGUAUGUUCAAGCUUGCCUUUGUGUUCUUUUGUUCCAGGAGCAUUGCUUGCAUAUCUGUUUUCUGUACUUUUGAUGCUUCUUAUGUGCUAUAUAUUGGCCUGUAGUAAGGAUUGCUACGCAUCAUUUGCACCAUGCUGUAAAAACGGUGAGGUCCAUCAGGAAAGAGUGGCUUUCAUCCGAUAAAAAACGCUCUUGGGACCACUAGGCAAGUUCUUUCGAAGUGUAUUGCUGUGCAGAAAUUGCAAGCAAUGCGACUGACUAGCAUUGCAAUAUCUUACUGUGAUUGUCUGAAUAAUCUACAUUUGUGAGAUCUGUAAAGAAUGUGCACUUCGACAUCUUUUCUUUUUCUUUUUUUUUUUCUUGCGCUUGCUGGACAGCUGACACCAGAAGUUGUUACAUGCACAUUUCUUUGAAUUGUGUGUUUUAACGGUUGGUAGUGAUGCAGAGGGGGGUGGAUUGAGCACGAUGGAACACUUUUGAAACAGUGUUUGUUCUUUUAUGACACAGCUGUCAGGCGUAAAGUUGGAGGCUUACUGCAACAGAAGAAUUUCACUUUGGCUAAAUUGGUUAUAAAUAAUUUGCGUAUGCAAUUGAAGCAACCAUGGCAAUCCCUAAUUGUCUAAUUUUUACCAGCCUAUAAAUAGGACCUAAGUAGAUGAAACGUGCACCUUGUGGUUAGCGGAUAUGAUACUGAUCCUAGACCAUUUCCAAGAUUUUCACUGCAUCGCAAGUACCACUUAAUCUUGUAACUCAUAUUGAGAAUUUGUACUGGUUCUCAAUAUUUUGGGUCCUGUGUGAUUUCCAGUGAGUGGUAAUAGCAGCAUUUUUUUUUUUUUUCAGUUUCAGUUUAGUAUCAAAAGUGUCUAUUUUUGCGAGUUUCUUGCGACGCAUGCACUUGCCCUUCAAAUGUAAAAUCAGAGCCGCUGAAUUAAAAAAAAGUGUGUCCUGCCACGCCAGGCAGGCUGCAAAGGGAGCGAGUGUUCCAGCCGUAGUUGCAUUCGUGGCCGCUUGGCUGGCCCAACCAGCGCUACUUGUGGGGGAUGGGACGUGCGGCUUCCACGGGCGAUGGCGUUCCUAGCGCGUUCCUCACACUUUUUCUACUCCGGUCCCAGACAGCAGUCCUUGACUGGUGGUGCCACGGUGGAUCACGCCGUUUCCGAUGCACGCGGCAGUCUGCACCUUUUUUUUUUUUAAUCCAGCGGCCGUGGUAAAUUUUGCGCGAAGGCUGCUCGAUGUUUGCUCCUUCUGAAUUAGGAUUUUCAUGCAGUACAAUAUUUUGUUGUAGUUUGCCUGUAAGGCAAGUUUGAUGGAUAACUAAAUGGUGCCAUUGAAAUUUUUAACAUGUGUAAUGUGUAUAAUUGGAAGGUGUCCGAAAGCCUGUGGCUGGCUGCACUAUUGAGGACAUUCGUCACAUAGUGGUGUCGUGCGUCAUGGUUAGUAGUGGCAGGGCUUUAUAAUUUCUUACUGACACAUCUUGAAAUGCACUUUAGAAGGAACUGCACGCCAUAGACUAGCUAACGAAAACAUAGCGUUAAAGAAUGUGUCUUCUUCUUAAAUUCUCUUAGUUGGGUUUUGAUAUUGCAGCAGGCACUUUGGCGUUGGAGUACAAACCAAAAGGGACAAUGAAUGUAUCGUGGCUUCGAAAAACUAUUGAACAUGUUGGUUACUUGGUGCCUCUGCCCAUGAGUUGACAACAGAAGUGUACAAAGAUUACUGAAAAAGAAGAGAGUUUUAAGAGCUGUUCACAAAAGUGUGUUUGGAGAAAAACUGUUUAUGCUUUUUUUUUUUCUCCAUCAGAGCGUAAUGUACUGUGAUUGCCAUGCGAGUCAUCAGCCCUUUUAUUUUGCGUGUGUGUGUGUGUGUGUGUGUGUCACAUUUUAUGGAAGUUUUUCUUUCUGUUCAUUUGUUACUGUGGCGCCCUCUGUCAUAUAAAUACUUAUGGUUUACAUUGUUAUUGCCCUAUAAGGUAUAUGAAGAUGUACAUAGUCUGUGCUUAAUAAAAAGGCCACAUGACUUGAGGCUUCUGAGAGCUUA